UAUGGAAAGUGAUAAUCUAGUUAAAAAAGCUAAGAGAAAAGAGUGUCUCUAUUUGAAGGCUAAUUGCAUAUCAAAAUGGCUGUUUUGGUGGAUGAAUGAGUUGAUGUUGAAAGGAAUGAAGAGAGGUCUUAACUCCCACGAUAUCUUUGACAUUAUUCACGAAAUGAAAACCGAAGUCACGUUUAGUAAAUUUAUGGAAAGACAUAAAGAGCGCAACUAUACGUUCCUCUCCAUCUUUAAAUCCCUAAAAUACGUUGUGAAAAGUUACUGGAUCUACAAUCUCAUCUUUUGCUUCAUAGGAGAAGGAAUGAACUUAGGUAUGACCUAUAUUUACUACCGUCUCCUCAGAGACUUUAAAGAAAUAACAACAAUCAUCAAUAUGGAAUAUUAUUUGUUAGCUCUUAUAUUUUGUUUAAAUCUAAUAUCAACACUGAUUCUCAACUAUUCGAGAUUUCUUGGAAAAUUGAUGGGAGCCAAGAUAAAAAGUUCGCUUAUAGCAGUCAUCUACAAUAAGAUUCUAACUGCCAGUCAAAGACAUCAAAAAAAUGGAACAAAUGGUCACAUUCUUUGUUUAUUAUCGAGGGAUUUGGAGAAUAUUACUGAAACUGCUUGUACCUUCUCUUAUUUUGUUGUUUCGCCGGUUAUGGCAACCAUUGUCGUUAUUCUCAUUGGUCUAGAAAUUGGUCUAAUUAUGACUUUAAUCAUUUCCGGCACUCUUAUUGCCAUUGUUUUUUAUCAAGGUACUUUUAACCUGCUAGCCGGCACGUAUAACAAGAAUGUAUCCGAUUGGUCGGAUAAGAGAUUGAGUACCAUGGCCGAAAUAUUUUCAUUUAUUAGAGCCAUUAAAAUUAAUUCUCUUGAGAAGAACUUUAUGCAAAAAAUCGGCAUUUAUAGACAAGCGGAACUCUAUUACGAAUUUGGUUCGGGUAUUAUUUAUACACUUUCUACCGCUAUCACUGCCAGUGGAAGGAAUCUAGUUCUUUUACCAAUUCUCUGCUAUCUCUAUCUCACUAAGCAUAUCGAAAUGCUCGGAGUGGCGAAAUUUCUCUACAUCGCCCUGCUUGUCGGUAGUUUAGAAGUUCAUCUAUUCAUCCUCUUCUCCGAUGCCAUUUAUCGUUGCGCCAACGCCCAUUCCAGUCUUGAAAGGAUCAGCAAAUUCUUAAUGGGAAACGACAAACCAAACGACGUCGUUUGUUGUAUAGACGAAAAGGUUAAUUUAACACUGGUUAAAGCUCAAGAAAUUUGUACUUCGUGGGAUGAGAAACAAACAGAUAAAAUGCUCAAAGACGUUUACUUUGAAUUGUCGAGAGGGGAACUACUAGGCAUCGUUGGCGUUAUUGGAAGUGGAAAGUCGACUCUACUUCAAGUCGUUUUGGGAGAGGAAAGGAUAAGGAGUGGUAAAAUGAUUGUCAACGGAAAAUUGAGCUUUUCACCUCAAGAACCGUGGAUAUUUCACGAUACAAUUAGAGAAAAUGUUGUGUUUGGAGAGAAUUUCGAUUUGAACAAAUUAAACAAAGUAUACGAAGCUUCGGGUCUUGUACAAGAUUUCGAAACUAUGCCUCUACAAGAUCAAACUGUUGUCGGGGAAAAAGGCCUCAAGCUAAGCGGGGGGCAAAGGUCACGAAUAAGCUUGGCCAGAUGCCUCUACAGGGACGCCGACGUAUAUCUAAUAGACGAUCCUUUCAGCGCUUUAGACGCCAAAAUUAGUAGACUAGUUUUUGAAAAGGCGCUAAAAGUAUAUCUCAAAUCAAAGUCAGUCUUGCUCGUCACUCAUCAACAAAAUAUUUUGAAAGAAGUGGAUAAAGUGCUCACUUUGAACAACGGCCGUGUUGAAAAUUACGACGAAAUUCAACAAAUUCAAAGUUUACCCAAUACGGACAGAGUUGAAAGUCAACAAUUUGAAGUGGAAGACUCGUUGGAAGAGGGCGAAUCCUACUUUGAAGGAACAGGAGAGGGUACCGCCAACUGGAAAGUACAUUGGUUCUAUAUAAAAAAAGGAUCGCCAUUGAUGAUUUUCAUCGCAUUUGCACUAUUCGUAGCAUCGUUUCUUUUGAAUUUAUUAGGAGAGUUAAACAUGUCGAAUGCUAUUGAAAUACAUUACGGCAACGUGAAAAGCUUUAGACAAGCUCUAUUGUUUUUUGUGGUCACAGUAUCUUUUGCCACGUUGGUUGCCUUCUCCUCCGAAUUGUUCCUAUUGGUUUUUACCAUCAAAUCAUCCAAGAACAUUCACAACGAAAUGCUUGUUAAAGUUAUGAAGGCUAAAAUGACAUUUUUUGACACUCAUAGGGUUGCCGUCAUCCUUAAUAGAUUCUCUAAAGAUCUCUUAUUCGUCGAUCAAGUGAUGAUUGUAGCGUUUAGCACUUUUAUCACUUUGCUUCUCCACGUCUUCUUUGGAAUGGCAUUCACCACUUACGUCUAUCCCUAUUUGGCUAUUUGCUAUGUUAUUUGUAUAGUAGUUAAUUAUAUACUCUUCAGAAAGGCGUCCAAUCCUAUAUUUAGAUUAAAAAGGUUGGAACUGUCGAGUAGUGCGCCACUAUUAUCGCAUAUCAAUGAUACUCUGACAGGAAUAUCAGUGAUCAGGUGUCAUAAUAUGACUGAGAGAUUUUGGGAAAAGUUGAAAAAGCUCACCGACGAAAACAAUAGAAUAGAUAUGGCUCUCUUCUCCUCUUAUUUUUGGUUAAGAAGUAUUAGUUCAACUUUUACCCUUCUAAUGAUUCUUGUAUUCACUAUGAUCAUGCUAAGGACAACGAACUUGUCGGUUACCUUAUUAGGUUUAGUGGUUCAGUAUAUAUUAGGCAUAUCGAAGCCUCUUCAAGUUCUCUUUCAAAAAUUUAUAGAGAUGGAAGACGCGUUCGCAUCGGUCGAAAGGAUUCUUGAUUAUAUGCAUAUAGAGGGCGAAAAGGAAAAUUUCAGUCUAAUGCCGGACGACGAGUACUGGCCUCGAACGGGAUCUAUUCAUUUUAAGAAUGUAUGCUUACGGUAUACUGAUUGCGAGGAGUACGCGUUGAAAAAUUUAAAUUUUAAAUGUGAUAGUGGUCAAAAGGUUGGCAUUGUGGGAAGGACAGGAGCGGGAAAGAGCUCGAUUGUUUCGGCUCUGCUUAGGCUUCACGAACCUAGUGGUGAAAUUUACAUAGACAAUGUCAAUUUACUACUUAUUCCACUUCAACUGGCCAGAAGUGCUAUAAGUAUUAUUCCUCAAGAUAGCUUUAUCUAUAACGGAACAAUUAGGAGCAAUUUAGAUCCAUUCAACAUGCACUCGGAUCAAGAAAUCUGGGAUUCUCUGCAGAAAGUUGGAAUGGCGACAAAGGUAAAAAGCUACACUGAUCAACUCUAUACGCGUACUACCGACUGUGGAAGCAAUUUUAGCGUGGGAGAAAAGCAAAUAAUGGCCUUAGCAAGGGCGUUUCUUAAAAAAAGCUGUGUACUAGUUAUGGACGAAGCUACCGCAAACGUCGACAACAAAACUGAUCAGCAUAUACAAAAUAUCGUAAGGAAACACUUUGCCAACUGUACGGUUAUUACCAUAGCACAUAGGCUAGCCACGAUAAUGGACUAUGACGUUAUUCUAGUUAUAGAGUGUGGCAGAUUAGUAGAAAGCGGAACAUCAAUCGAAUUGAUUAAAAGUGGAGGAAUAUUCGCCGAACUUGUGAAGAAUCAACAACACCAGCAAAUUUAUUGA